AUGCCACAACAGUUAUCAAUGGCACAAGGAACACCACGUAAAUUUGCGGAAAAAAUUGCAAUAAUGGAAAGGAAGCAAAAUGAAGAUCAAGAAGUGUUUACCUCAGUUAUGCGUGACGUACGUGCAAUUACGAGUAAUUGUACCGCUUCACCACCUGUUUGCUCUAGUCCACAAGCACUUGCACCACCAAUAAAUUGGAAUCGUUCCGGUGGUUCAUUACCAAAUGUACAUGAAAUGGUACAACAGCAACCGGACAUUCAUCAUUGGUCAUAUUUGCAUGACUCAUCACAAUUGAAUCAAUCAAAUCAUUUACGUGGUCGUUCACCAAUUACAACAACAACAACAACACACUAUCAUCCGUAUAAAUUAUUCAAACAACAUGAACGUUAUUUACCAAUUGAUCAACUGGAUUAUCAACAUUUGCAUUGUUCAGCAAGUAAUCAUUUACAACCACCAGAUAUGUUAUGGCCAAAAGCUCGUAGUGAUCCGACAAUUUUCAUGAAUUUAUAUCAACAACAAGAACGAUUAGAAAAUUUUAACAUACAAGAUUUGACGUUAUUAUCAUCCAAUCAAUCAUUAUCACCAUUAUCAUUUCAUCCUACAACCGACUCAUUUAAUGCUACACCACCAUCAUCAUCCGAAUCACAAUCAGCGCCAACAAGUCCAGCGCAAAGUGUUGAAUUACCAGUACCAACAGCAUGGCCACAGCGUAAUUAUUCAAAUAGUCCUGAAUCACGUGAAAUACCAAAUAUUGUUCUCACGGGUACCGAUGGUGAAUUGGAUUGCUUUGAGGAUUUGCAAGAUUUACAUUUAGAUGCUAAUGAACUACAACAAUUGCUAAGUAGCAAUGAACAGGUUGAUCCAACAGGUGAAACACAACUUCUUCAAUAA